ACAGCGAUUGUGACUGCAAAUUUGUCGAUAGUCCUAUUAAUAUUGUCACGUUCCAGCAGCAAAAUGAACUCUCCUAUGUAUAUCUUUCUUAGUCAUCUCUCGCUCUCAGAUAUUUUGAUUAGUACAACAGUUGCUCCUAAUACAUUACAGGUCAUUUUGUUGGGUGACACCAGCAUGCCAGCUCUUGGUUGCCUUACUCAGUUAUAUUUCUUUGGGGCCUUCACCAUAUUAGAAUGUUGUCUCCUCACUGUGAUGUCUUAUGAUCGAUAUUUGGCCAUUUGUAGACCAUUGAGAUACACGUCUGUUAUGAAUAUUAAAUUACUCAAUGGUCUUAUUACAUACUCAUGGAUGGUGGGGUUCCUGCAGUCACUUAUAAGCCACGCAUUUAUCCUGCAACUAGAUUUUUGUGGUCCAAAUGUAAUUGAUCAUUUCUUCUGUGACAUUGCUCCUCUUCUAGAACUUUCUUGCUCUAACAGAACCUGGGUAGAAAUUGAAGUUUCUAUUGUGGCUUUGUUUGUUGGUCUUUUCCAGAUGCUUUUUAUCAUCAUCACUUAUAUCCUCAUAUUUUACUCCAUUUUUAACAUGUCCUCAAAGGCUGGGAAGGAAAAAGCCUUAUCCACAUGUAGUUCACACCUGGCCGUUGUGUGCACAUAUUAUGGAACACUUAUCAUACUCUACUUAUCUCCAGCGAGAGGAUAUUCCUUCAGCUUAAACAAGAUGUUAUCAUUAAUUAAUACUAUGGUGACCCCAUUCUUAAAUCCCAUUAUUUAUACUAUGAGGAAUCAGGAGAUCAGAACGGCCUUCAAAGUCCUCCUAUGUUAG